AUGGACCGGACUGCGUAUUUUAUAAAACGUGGCAAAGAAGCAGCGCCUCAGACCAUUGCAGUGAAAAUGCAACGGCACACAGGUGUACUUCUUCUGCUCUGUCUCAGCUAUGUUGCGGCAAAGCCGGCGGGAUAUCCACGCACGCAGCCGCCAGCACCAAAUACUCCAUCUGCGAACUACCUACCCCAAAGUCCACCAAAGCCACCAAGCAAUAGCUAUGGACCACCAAAAGCUGGCAAUGGAAGUCCUCCGAAACCACCCAGCAAUAGCUAUGGACCUCCCAAAGCUGGCAAUGGAAGUCCUCCCAAGCCACCAAGCAACAGCUAUGGACCUCCCAAAGCUGGCAAUGGAAGUCCUCCAAAACCCAAUGCUUACCUCCCACCAGCCAAUGGUAAUGGUGGCGGUGGGGCUGGUGGCACCGGGGCUAUCGAGAUCAUACCCAUCAUAAAACUCGAGUCGAAAGUAAAUACCGACGGCUCCUACAAAUACGAAUAUGAAACUGGGAAUGGAAUAAUGGUCGAAGAGAUGGGCUACCUCAAAAAUGCUGGAGUAGAGGGCUCGGAAGCUCAAACCGCUGAAGGCUUCUUCUCCUACACCAGUCCGGAGGGUCAACCGAUAAUGGUAACCUAUAUAGCCGAUGAAUUUGGAUUUCAGCCGCAAGGCGAUCACCUCCCUACACCGCCACCGAUUCCAAUAGAAAUAGAGGAAGCACUUGCCAAAUUGGCAGCCAGUGGCGGCUGUCACGACUGUGAUGACAACCAGGCUUCCGAUGGCGGUGGCUCUGCAAAUGGGGGCUACGUGUAUUAA